AUGGUCAACAAGGAUCAGGUCAAAGACUGUCUGGACAGACGCUGGAUUGUCCUGGUUCCAAAUCACCGCCUGUGUCCGCAGGUAAACCUCCUGGAAGGACCAAUACAGGACUGCCGAGACCUGCUUUCAUGGAUGCAUAAUGGUGGAUUCGAGAAAGCACUACCUCCCGAGGUCGCGGCCCAAUACCCCCUUGACCUCGACCACGUGUUCGCAUUUGGCACAUCUUCUGGCGGCAUGCUGGCCCUGUGUCUUGGGUUUGCUGUGCCUCGUCCUGUAGCGGGUAUUUACGACAUGUAUGGUCCUUGCCACUUUGACGAUCCGUUCUGGACAUCUCGGCUACCACAUGUAGCUGAUAAGCUGCCUCCCAAUCUCUCCGACGGUUUCAUCUCGCAGGUCUACAAAGAGUCGCCGGUGCCCACUACCGGGGGCGUGUCUCUGGAGGGCCAGGCGACAGGAGCUCCCAAUUUUAGCGACCCACGAGUAGCAUUCGCAUUCACCCAGAUUGCGAACGGGCGGGUUCUCGAUGUAGUUAUGCCUUCCAAGGAAUGGAGCAAGGUAGAUCCAAUCCGGAAUAUUACACCGUCCUUCCCGCCAACUUUUAUUGCUCAUGGUACCGAGGACAAAAUGGUCCCAAUGUCACUGAGCAAAGGCUUGUUGAAAGUUCUGAGGCAAAACAAUGUACAUUCUGCUAUGGUUGAAGUGCCCAAUGAGGGUCAUACGUUUGCUGGAACUAUGAAAGUCGGUUCGACCACCUGGGAACUCCAGCGGCAAGGAUUUGAUUUCCUCGAGUCGCUGGUGUCUCGUAGUGGAUGA